CUUCCUGGAGGGAGGAUUCCCGGAGCGACCCCGACUGUCCCAGGGCUGCAGGGCCAGCAGGACCACGCCGAUGCUCCGACCCGGGAGGGAUGGAUGGAGAAGAAAAGCUGGAUGGCUGCGGUCGGCUCCAGCGUGGUGCUGCACAUCUGCAAGGUGGGUGCUUGUUGUCGUCUCAGCUGUCACCUUGAUCAUAUACGCUCUCCUCUUGCUGACACUUUACAUUAUGCUCAGCAGGAAAAUAGCCAGCCAUUCCUGCGACAAGCAGGCGAGCAGCAGCCCUGCAGCACAGCCCCAGCAGCGUCCGACCUCUUCAGUGGGAAGGGAAGGGGUGCAAAGACAGACCUACGUGGGGAGCAGUGACACGUCUUCAGAGACCUCAGACGACUCAGACAGCGGCCCUUCCUGCCUGCAGGGCCCUCGCUCAGAAGAAAACCUCGAUUACACGUCCCUGGUCUUCUCGGGGAAAGGUGGGCCAGGCUCCGCCAGGGACUACACGAACAUGAAGACUGGGGAGGAUUACGUCAACGUGGACCCAAAGAAGAGGAAAGCGGAUUUCUGGCCCUGCUCCAGCCCCGUGGUGUCCAAGUCCAUCGAGUACACCGAGGUGAAGCUGUGAGAACCGGGAUGCUGCUGGUGGGGUUUCAGGUUAGACCGCCGCUGGGACGGGGAGAUGCCCGAAGCCCCCGGCAGCCGCGCGACCAGGGCUUCCCCUUCCCCUCGCCUCGGUCAGCGCCUGGCACGGGCUGACGCCUGCCAGCUUUUAUUCCUUGUAACACUCUAACCCGCCGAUACAAUUUGCUUGGUAUUUUACUUAAAUGCAUCACUGUUCCUGAAGGCUGCUGAGCGUGGGAUGGCGCAGGGAGGCAUUCCUCCUACCCAGGCUGAAAUGUGCUCUCCAGUUUUGUGUGAUGGCCCUUUUUCUCAUUUCAAGAAAGCAAAUGAAACAUCCCCCCCUACCCCUCAAAAUGGGAUGUAGUUCGGGGAGGGAAAUACAAUGCUCUUCAAAAUAUCCACCCAAACUGGCUGGCAUCUCCUCUGAAUGAUGCUUUCUUUGCUGAUCGCUGUCAUAAAAUAAUUUUAAAUACAGUUCCUCUGCCAGCUUUGCCCUUGCUGCCUGACAAGCCCUGAUUCAUCGCCCUCCCCUGCACCCCUUUUCCUUUGGUGCUCAAAAUCUUCCCAAGUCCCAUUGCCCUCAGAGCUGUCGCUGGGGCCGGGGUGGCCACACGGGCAGCUUGACCCCCCGGCCAUGCAUCGGGGGGGUGCCAGGGCCAGGGAAGGAGGGUGGCCUUGCCGGGGAGUUUCCUCUCCCAGCUGAAAGUCGCAGUCAUCAGCCCAGCUGGCAAACGGCCGAGGGGUUCCCAGGGGAUUUAUAUCCCUGCUCCUUGGGUGGAAGAUCUGGGCUGGCUGCUGGUCCCUCUGGGCUGUGAGGGGCACAGGACUGGACCACAGGUCUCCACGUGAGCAUAGGCAAGUCAAAUCCCUCUGUGUCUCGUGGGGAGGGAUGAUAUUCCCUGUCUCCCACCUUUUGCUUUUCCUGCUUUGUCCCUGCACCAAAUGCCCUGGGUGCAGGAGUCAGCCUCUCCCCACCUGAGUGAUGCCUGCACCCAGCGGAGC